UCUUCGUCUCGGAAAAGAGCUCCGAUCGUAUUUUGCGGUGAGCAGAUCAAGUUGUUUUUGCUUUUUCGUGGCUUCGGGCGAUCGGAAGUCACAGUGUCGUCGAGUAGCAGACAAUGAGUCGGCCUCAAGAGGCUGUUAAACAGGCUUUUCGGUGGAGAGAUUCUCCAUCUCGCGACGAGGCAAGUUAAAGAGUCUUGCUUUGUCCGACCUUUUCACUUUUUAUGUGUGUGAAGUCCGUGAAUUUGAUCGCAUCCUCUAGUUCUUCGUGACAAACAGCUCGGAUCUUGCCAGAAAGAGUAAAAACGAGAAAGAAAUGGUCGACGCACUGGACGAGUCCCAAAAUGAGGCGUUGGAGAGGCUGCAAAAGCUCUUGGGCGAUCGCCAGAUUCAAGGGGACGUCGAUACCCUGGUGAGAUUUCUCAAGGCAAGAUCGUUUGAUGUGUGGAAGGCAAAGGCCAUGUACGAGGCCAUGCUCCAAUGGCGCGCAGAAGUUCGAGCAGACGCUAUCAAACAGGAGUUUGAUUUCCAAGAGCGUGAUGCAACGCAAGAGCUCUAUCCGCGUUUCUAUCACAAGGUGGACAAGUUGGGAAGGCCAAUCUACAUCGAAAGGCUGGGAAAGCUGCGCUUGGAAGAGCUCUUUAAAGUGACAAGUAUGGAGAGAAUGCUGCUGGAUCACAUCAAAGAGUGGGAGAUUUUCGUGGAUGUCAGGCUCCCUGCUGCGUCCCGUGACGCCGGCCGAGCGAUCACUCAAUCACUCGCGAUUCUCGACCUCAAAGGAGUGGUAAAGUUCCUCUUUUUUUUUUUUGGCUCGUUUGCUGUAAAAGUUUCCAUCUUUUUUCUUGCCUCGCUCCUCCAGGUGGUAAAGCACGUAAGCAAACAGGUCCGCCAGUUCGUGAGAGCCAUCCUCCGGAUCGACCAGGACUUUUACCCCGAGUUCCUGGGAAAGAUGGUGAUCGUCAACGCGCCGGUUUACUUCAAAGCGCUCUGGAGCAUCGUCAAACCGUGGCUCGACAACCAAACCCAGAAGAAGAUCGAAGUUCACGGAACCAACUACGUUCCCAGGCUGCUGGAGCUCGUCGACGCGGAGAGCUUGCCAUCGUUUCUAGGCGGCUCCUGCGAGUGUGUCAGCUCUAGAGGAUGCGAGAGCUCGAACGCUGGGCCUUGGCUUGGAAAUGUCUGAUAUUUACUUGGUUCUAGAUCACGGAGUUCUUGGUGCUCGUAA